CUGCCCUGUAACCCACCAGAGUCGGUUUUUAGACAAAGAAAAACGAUAAAAAAUCGUUUUAAGAAAGAGAAAAAAAUUCGAGCAGUUCCUCUUUCUUUCUACUCCGCAAUUUCAUUAAUUUUUUGUUAUAAAUGAACUGCAAUGAAAUAAUUGUUCCCAUUUAGACACACAUAUCGAGGCUCCUUCCGUGUAGUCUUAACUGUAGCUGUAGCAGAUUCCUUCAUCGCUCUCACUGCUUUCCACGUCUGGUUUUCCUUGGUACUACAUCUUUUAUCAUCUUACGCUUCUUUGCAAAAUCUCGGAACCAUUGCCGCCAAGUGGAAGCGGAUACGCUCAUGUUCUUCAAUUAAUCCCUUUCAGUAUGUUCGAGUUUCGGAUGAUGGCUUCGAUUUUAUUAUCCUCUCCCCUACUACAUCUCUUGCGUGCUCUGCUUCACUGUCUUUCAUGAAAACAACCAGUCCUCUGUUUCGGUCUCUGAGCAGAGUGUGAAAGGAGGUCCUACGAUUUGCUCUCAUUUUUAUCAUCUGUGUCUUUCCCUUUUCUCUGAGCCAAGCUUUAUCGUUAAGUGGGUUUCUCGCGGAAAAGGUUGCUCUGUUUUCCUCUGAUCAAGACCACAUGAUCAGGGUUCGUGGAAAUAAGGACUCUUUGAUUUUUAAGUCCUGUUGAAGUGAGUUUUUGGUGUUUUUUAUAUUUCACUUUGGAGGCUUGCACAUUAAGGUUUGUUACUUUGAUUAAUGAAGUGAGUUGUACAAUCUCACCAGAGAGUUGGCUGCUUAGGCGUUUAAGUGGAUUUUUUUUCGAGUGUUUGUUUACCCGGAAAAUAUUAUGGGUGUCUGAAUUCUUAAUUUUGUACAAGGUCUGGUUCAAGUGGGAUUUAUAUUAUUGAGAGAUUCUCUGUGAAGGCUCUUGAAAUGGGGUUUGUCAAAUUUUCACCGUAAGGUUGAAUCUUUAGGCUCACUGUGAUUUUAUUGAUGUGUGUUUUUGCUGGAGGUUAUGUUUGGACUCUGAAAAAUCGGAUAUAUUGUUUUGACCUCGCCUCAAACUUGUGGUGAAAAUGGGUUGUACGAACUCCAAAACUAAGAAAAGUGAAGCUCUCCGUCUCUGUACAGAACGGAGGAGACUCAUCAAGCAGGCCAUUGAUUCAAGGUACUCCCUUGCAGCUGCUCAUCUAUCUUACCUCCAAUCCCUCAGAAACAUUGGCAUUGCUCUUCGGCAGUAUGCUGAGGCAGAGGUCUUGAUAGAACCAUCAUUACUGACCUCGGAUAAGACCCCAUCGCAUUCGUCUUACCCAUCUCCUUCUCCAUCACAUGUUGCCGAAGUCUCGGACUCACCAUUGCACAAUGAGAGCCCAAUUUCGCCACCUGUGGCGGCUUUAAGUUAUAUGAGGUCAAGGGGUAGUGGUGCUCUGACUUUUGUGGUCAAUCCGAAUGGUGGUGAUAGUUAUGUGGAUGAGGAAUCAAUGGCAUUUCCAAUGCCACCACCCCCUCCACCUCCUCUGGAGUCAGGUUCUUGGGAUUUCUUUGACCCCAUUGAUGAUAGUGAGAGCUUUAGGUUUGUGGGCCAGAGUGGGUUGGAUGUGGAGUUAGAUGAUAUGAGUGGAUGGAGACAGUUCAAAAGCAAAGUUGAUUUAGGUGGGACUGAUGAACGUCACGAAGGAACGUUUAGGCCCAAAUCAGAGCUAAAUGUUGGUGAAAUUCCUGGUAAUUUAGCUAUUCGAUAUGAUACAAAUUGUGCAUCAGUUGAGCGUAAUGAUUACGCUCAUUUAAUUACUUCAAGAGGAGUUGAAGGUUCUCAACAAACGAUUGAUGGUAAAGUGAAUCGGCUAGGAUCGGGACCUAAUAAUGUUAAUAGGUUACCUGAUUCUUCUGCUCUAGAAAAGUCCAGUUCAAAGAGGGAGAAAACAAUGGCGGAGAAAGAAUUAUGUGCAGAAAGAGAGGACCCUUCAGAGUUCAUUACUCACAGAGCUAAAGAUUUUCUUUUGAGCAUAAAGGAUAUAGAGCAUCGCUUCUUCCGAGCUUCUGAAUCCGGUAGGGAGGUCUCCAGGAUGCUAGAGGCAAACAAAAUCGGGGUUGGAUUUUCUGAGAUGAAAGGGAAAUCAUCUGCCUUGGCUUUGGGAGCUUUCCAGCUUGUUUGCUGCCAUUGCAAACCUGCAUUUGUUACCCAUGAACCUUCACAAAAUGUAACUAAGGUUAUUACAUGGAAGCGGACAACAUCUUCAAGGUCAUCCUCGUCUAGGAAUCCUCUUGGCACAGCAUCUAAAGAAGAUACCGAUGACAGCAUAAGUGAUUUUGGUGAAGAGUUCUGCAUGAUUGCGGGAAGUCAUUCAUCUACCCUAGACCGACUGUAUGCAUGGGAGAGAAAAAUUUAUGACGAAGUAAAGGCCAGUGAAUCUAUCAGGAAGGAGUACGAGCGGAGGUGUAACCAGCUUAGGCAGCAAUUUGCAAAGGAUUGUAGCACUUCAGUGAUUGACAAAACCCGGGCAGUUGUAAAGGAUCUUCACUCACAAAUAAGAGUGGCAAUUCAUUCUGUUGAUUUAAUAUCCAAGCGAAUUGAGAAAAUCAGGGAUGAAGAGUUACAACCCCAAUUGGUAGAGUUGAUCCAGGGAUUGACCAGAAUGUGGAAAGCCAUGCUCGAAUGCCAUCAUGCACAGUACAUUACCAUCUCAUUGGCAUACCAUUCUAGGACUUCAGCAAGAACUCCCCAAGGAACUACCCACGGGCAGAUGAUAUCUCAACUCCAAUAUGAGACUGAAUGCUUUGGCUUAAGUUUUGCUAAUUGGAUCAACAGUCUCACAUCAUAUGUGGAAGCUAUAAAUGGUUGGCUGCAAAUCUGCAUCCUACCCCGAGAACCUUCCAAGAGCAGAAGGCCGUUAUCCCCUCGUCGAGUUCUGUUCCCACCCAUAUUUGUUCUAUGCCGGGAUUGGUCGGCUGGGCUUAAAGAUUUGCCAUCGGAUGAACUUAGUAAUGCCAUCAAAUCAUUUUCAUUGGAUGUGUGCCAGUUGAUCACCGAACAUGCUGAACAACUGCAGAAGAAACAGAAGCCUGCUGAUCCAGAAAAUGGAGAAGCAGAAAGUAAAGAAAAUGAGGACGAUGAUGCUUCUUCCAACUUGUUCUGCAUACAAACAAGUUUGACAAAGAUUCUUGAUCGGCUGAAAAAUUUUUCGGAGGCUUCAUUGAAAAUGUAUGAAGGUAUCAGGCAGCAAAAUGAAGAAGCCCGAAUUAGUUACUUGAAAUGUGGACCAACCAGAACAUAAAGUUUAUGUGAUUAUCAGAGUUACUUGUAAAUUUCAUAAAGUAGCAAAGUGCAAUUGGGAACAGAUACUUUGGGGCUGUGGUGUGAGAAUGCUAGUUUGGCUAGAUUUUGGGAAGCUCAAACCCAAAUUUACAGGGGUUCAGAUCUCUCGCUUCCACGGAGUUUAUUCCAACGGGUUGUAGAAUAAAAUUUGCUGCGUGUAAGUUACAUGCGUGUUGUUUCAAUACUUUUGAGUCUUUGACUGGGUAGUUUGUGUGCAAAUAAUAAAUAUGUUUCUGAGAUUUUAUAGA